AUGAUAGAGAAGAUAAAGUUUCAUCUGUUGGAUCAUGUGCCACCCAUCCAAGCAAUGGUCCACACAGGCUCCUACCAUAUGUUAAUUGCUUACUGUGGUGACAUGCGCCUGUGGCUCUUUGGAGAUCACCAUCGAGAAUUCACAUCUCUCGGUACAGUACUCUGUCGUUUCUCCAUCAGCUGCCUCUGCUACGACUCAGAAGCUGAGAUGCUGCUCUCUGGCACCUUGGGGGCUGUGGUUACCUGGUUUAUCUUGCCGAAUGGCAGGGGCCUCCAAAUGGCACAAACUAUACCAAUGGCUGGAGGUGAGCUUGUGCAGGGCUUUUCCCUGAAUGGCCCCCAAGGCUCCCUCAUGGCUCUUUGUGAGAAUAAGGUGAUACUCUUUACCCACCAGGGUCAGGGCCAGCUGGAAGAGGUAAAGAAGUUCACUCCCAUCACCAGUGGUUCCUCCAUCACCUGCUCCUUCACUUGUGUCUCUCAGGGCUAUUUCUAUGCUGGAAACAGGGAUGGAGAAAUCUAUGCUUGGGGUCUAGACCGAGGUAACUUCCUCCACAGCUUCCAGGCCGACUCCUCAUCAGUGAUAUGUAUCCAAAGCCGGCCAGAGACCCACACCUUACUAACAGCAGGCAGUGAAGGUGUAGUGAAAGAAUGGAACCUUGCCUUUGGGAACUUGCUGUGGCAGCUGGAUAUUGAUGAGGAUCUGCAGAAACUGCAGUUUAUUGAUAACACCUCUUUUUUCUGCCAGACUACCUACACUUUCUCAUUGUACCACCUGCCCUACUUUUAUAGCCUCUUCAGUAUCUGCGGUUCUGCUCCCCUGAAGGUGCAGCAGGUCUGCUGCGGCCAUAAUUGGAUUCGGAUCCUGUGUGUCACUAAGGAUGGUUUGUUGCGCUUCUUGUCUCCAGCAACAGGAGAUCUCCUGGUUAUCACCUGGCCUCUACUUAUCACGGAUAAGGCUGUGGUUUGGGCCUAUGAUUCAGACAAAGAGGAGCUCUUUGUGGCAACAGACAGUUCAGAGGUGCUGGUGUUUGAUGCAACACGCUUCCCUUGCACAGCCAAGUAUCUUGUGUGCACUUCAGUAAACCCUGUGGAUAGAGUAAGGUGCCUGGCUUAUGGGCAGUCCCAUUUGGGUAAGGGCCUGGCAGGGUUGAUGUUCUGUGGGCAUGAGAGUGGCAUUGUGAGAAUUCUCUCCCACUAUAGCUGUGCCCGAAUAGAGAAGACUAUUCACUCUGGGGCAGUACUGGCAUUGUCUAUCCUGGAAGGUCCCCAGAAGUACUCAUUGCUCUGUUCCUAUGGCAUGGAUAAUAUUGUACACGUGACAGAAGCUGUGCUUCAGGAGAACAAGGUAAUCCUGCAGACCGUCAGCAAAAUUCUCUGUAGUUGCCUCCUAAAACACGUGAUACUCUUACCAGGUUCUGUGGGUGCCAUCACUGAGAACCACUGUUGGCAUCUCUGGCACUACGAAAAUUUUCUGACAUCUUCAGAAUCAGAGAAAAGUUCUGUGUCUAACGAGACAAAAUGCCUGCACCAGUGUGCCAUCACUUCAUUUGAUGUCUGCCUUUCCCUGAAACUUUUUGUCGCAGGGGACAUUGAUGGUUCAGUCCGGAUCUGGGACUUCCAUGGUAAACUCAUAACUGAGUUGGACUCAGCAUUACAUUUUGGCCCAGUCUGCUUUGCCAAUAAUUGGGGUGACCUGCUUUUGACUUUCAACCAGAGUCUUUACCUGGUAUCCUGCUUAAAAUUGCUCCCUCCAGCUCAGCUGAUUCACCUAGCUAUUGUAAACAAUGCAGAUGAAAUACUAGAAGGCCCUAAACCCUUCUUGCCUAGCUUCUUCUUUUCAUAUGAAAGAGUAUUUGUACCCAGAUUUGUCUACUGUGGUCAAGGGCUGCAGGAAUUACAGGGGCUAGAAGCCCUUGUCAACAAACAGGCCAUUGCCUUUGACAACACUGUGCCCCAUGUUGUAGAGGAAGAGAGACAUAAGUCCUCUGUGAUUCAAGAGGGAGCAAAAUUGCAUUUUUUGGAGGAUAAGGAUAUUAAUUUUUCUACUCUUAAUUCCAAGCAUGAUCGUCCUCUACACAAGGUUCCUGCUCGAUUGCGGCUGGCUGGCUGGGAUGGGUUGAAACCCUACCAUAUUUUACGGCGCUUCUUUGGUCGAGGGCGGCAAUGGCCCUUUCCUCCUGAUGGCUACAUCCCCAACUCAGUGAUCCGUGCCCGCCUUUGGCCUGAGGGCACCCCAAUCUUCCUAUGCUAUGAUCUGCCCCCAUCCUACCAAGAUAAGGACUGGGACAUGACUGAACUCAGCAGACGCCAGGCACAGUCACCUAGGACUCCAGUAAAAGAGAAAAUCUCAGAGAGUAAACAGGGUUAUAAAUCCAAGCAGCAGAAACAAACUUUCUUUGAUGGUCUUGUGAACAUGAUCAACCAAAAUUGUAUGGGAAGAAAAUUUGAUGAAGGACUUAUUAAUAUUUUAAUUGAGGCCAUCCUCAACCUCACAGUUUGCUGUUCUAUAGAGCAAUACAAGACAUAUAUUAGUGUCCUGGCACAAAUUUUUGCCUUCUAUGAAGUAUCUUCAAGGUUGCAGUCUGAGGCUGCCAGUCGCCUCCUGGAAGAUACAAUUCAUUCCAAUCCACAGGUCCGUGAGAUAGCCUGGGAGGGGCUAGAGAGGCUGGGCCUCAUAUGCCAUCUCUUUGCUGUUCCACUGGCUAUGGGAUUGAUGGACAGUGAUGAAAAUGUGUGGGCUAAGGCCUUAUACCUUAUGAUGAGAGUCACAGGCAUCCAAACUAAGAGUAUGCUGGUAGGCCUGCUGAAGAGACAAGAAACUUUCCAGGAAAUGCAACAGGACUUUAUUGGAGAAGCCACUCUGGACCGGCUGCUGGGAAUUCAAGCUAAUGAUAUCCAGUACCUGCUUACUCAGGUGGAGCAGCGGCUAAAUGAGAACCUGACCUUAUCACACAGAGACAAGCAAUUUCCCUUUUCUCUAGAUAUUGCAAGGGCUGGUGAACCUGCGGCCCUUACUGAAAAAACACUCAAACCUUUGUCAGCACCUAUAAGGAUCACCAAACCGGAGGGAGGAAAGACACAUCUUGAAGCAAAGAGUAGAAAUCUUAUUAAAAGGGACCUGAGUGUUUCCAGGAAGCAGAGAGAGACAGAAUUGUUACAGUUUAGCCCUGUGCUAGUGACUUCAGAGGAUGAAGGUGAAGAAAGAGAAGCUGGGAAAUCAGGGCAAAUUGACAUCCAGGGUGUUGCCUUAGAGCCAGAGCUGCCACCAGUCAUAUCCCAAGAGGAUGCUGAAUCAAAAGAGGUCAUGUUGGAGGCCAGAAAAGCCAGGGAAGCCUCAGAAGCCUUGGAAGUCACAGAGGCAGCAGAGGCCACAGGAUUUAUGAAGACCAUAGAUCAACAUAGCAUGAAAGAUUAUGGAGAAGUGAUCCCUAAGCUGGAAAGACAAGAACGCUUGAAAAGGCUUUGGGAAAGAGCGUUGAAAAAAAGCCAUGAAAAAGCAGAUGCAAAGUUGGAAGAGAUUAAAAAAAUGAAGGAUAUUCCAGAGACAUCUGCAGAAGAGUCCAUGAAAGAAGUCAUACAGGUUACCAAGCAAGAAGAAGAUGCAACGAAGAAACGUGUAAAGAGUGGUCAUGGUUUGUCUGGGAUUCCUGGACGCACAACUAGAUCAGACAUCAGAUCAUGGCAGGAUGACAUUUGCGAUCUUGUCACCUCAAGAAUAGCAAGUUCCUAUCCAGGAAUGUUAAGGGAUCUGGGUCAAGAAUUGGUGGACUUGGCUCAGGCAACGCUUGCUCCUGAAGAGCCCAGCUGGGAUCUUUUCCAAGAGAUCUGUCCUCUUUUAGAGGACUCAUCAGAACUGGGUGACAGAUUGAUGGAAGAAACACCUGUUAUAACAGAAAAAGUGGAUAAGGAGGUUAUCAAAGAAGAAGAAACAGUAGAAUUGAGAGAACAACAGGGUGAAAAAGUAUUAAAGAAAGGCAAGGCAUUUUCUCAAACCAAGAAGAAGAAAGUUACUCUAUUAGAAAAUGACAAAGUAUUAGAGAAAAGGAAAUUUAAAAAAGUAAAGAAACUAGCCAUGCAAAAAGGGAAAAUAACUGAGGGGAAAAGGAAACUGGAUAAGCAAGAGAAGAAAUUCAUGCAGGGAAAGGAGAAGCUGGCUAAGGAUAAGAAACUGACCUAUCAAAGAGAAAAAAUAGGUUGGGAAGAAGAAAUACUGGCUUCCUCACAAAAGAAAUUAACCAAGGAAGAGCAGAAGUUAGUCCUAGGAGAAAAGAGGAGGACUGGAAAAAAGGAGAAACUCCUGAGGAAAAGAAAGAGGGUGAACUGGAAAGAGGGGAAGGCAACCCCAGAAAUGAGGAAGUUGGGCUGGGGGAAGGCUAUGCCGGCCCACAAAGAAGGCAUGUGGGCCCAGGAAGAGGGGUUCUUGGAAGACAAGUUGUCCCAUGAAGCGGAGGAGCUGGGCGAGGAAGAGGAGGAGCUGGGCGAGGAAGUGGAGGAGCUGAGUGAGAAAGAGGAGCUGCUGAGUGAGGAAGGGGAGGAGCUGGAUGAGGAAGAGAAAAAGCUGAGUGAGGAAGAGUUGGAGCUGCCUUGGAACAAGGAGGAACUAAUCCUGAAACUAGAGAAACAAAUUAAAAAAAAGAUGAAAAAUUACCACAAAAAGAAGAAACACAUCUGGGGUAUGGAGAAACAUGUUGAGGAAGAGUCCUGGAAAAGGGGGAAAUUGGCUCAGGAAGGAGAACAUUUAUCUAAACGAGAGGAAGGGCUGUUUGGGGAAGAGGGAAAACAGACAUUAGAAAGAGGCAGCUUGGCAGAGCAAGAGGGUAAACUGACCCAAGAAAAGAGGAAAUCAUUAGUAAAGGAGAAAAAAGCAGCCCGUAAAAAGAAACAAAUCCAAGAAAGAAAAAAACAAGUCAAGAAACAAGAGAAAGAUGACCAGAAGGAGAGGGAGGCUAAGAAAGAAGAGAAAGAGGCUAAAGACAAACAAUUAGCCUGGAAAAGAAAGAAACUGGGUCCAGAAGAGAAGGAAAAGUUUGGAGAAAUGGAGAAAUUGUCACAACAAGAAGAUAAACAGACCCAGAAAAAGGCGAGCAAAUCUUGGAGAAAGAAGAGAAGGGCUCAGAAAGAGGAGAAAAUAACCAAGAAAAAGACACAACAGGCCUGGGGGGAAAAGAAAGUGGACCUAGAAGAGAGGGAGCAGGAAAAAGAAGCUGAGGGGGAAAAGCAACGGGCCAGAGAACAAAUGAAACUGGUCCCGAAAGAGGAGAAAAAGAUAGAGAAAAUUGAGAAGGUAUCCCCAAAAGAAAAGAAAGAGGUCAUGGAAAAAGAGAAGAAACCUAAGAAAGAGGAGAAAUGGGCCCAGAAAGAGAGAACAUGGAGUCAGAAAGAAGAGAGAGAGAGUGAUCAAAAAACACAAUGGGCCUGGGGAAAAAAGAAAUUCCCCCUAGAAGAGAAGGAACAAGCUGAGGAAAUGGAGAAAAAGCCCCAGGAAAAAGAAGAAAGGGCACUGGAGAAAAGACUAAUUCAGAAAGACAAUAAACUGGCCAAGGAAGAGAGGCACACUGCUGAGAAAGAAAAGGCAAUAGCCAGGGAAGGAAUUGGCAUAACUAUGAGAAAGGAAAAAAUUACCCAAGAAGAGAAGGAAAUUAUGGAAGAAGAAGGUGAACUGCCUGAGGAAGAGAGGAAGUUGGCCUAUGACAUUAGGAGCGAGGGGACGGGUAUUGCCAGGGACGAAAAAAAGAGAAUCAAAGUGGAGAGGAUACAGACGACGAGGAAACUGGAUAUGGGGAAAGGGAUUAGUUCUGAAGAAAAAGAGGCUAGUUCCAGGGAAAAAUAUAUAAGGAAGAAAGAGAGUCAACUGUUGAUCCUGACAAAAAUAAUUAGAGAAACUAGUACAGAGCCAUUGAAAGAAAUAGGAAUAUCUGAGGAAGAGCAGUCAUUCAUUAUGGGAAAGAGUGGAAUUGAUGGCCAGAGGUGGGAAUUUUUUAAGGAACAGGAGGAAAUAACCAAAGAAGAGAAGGAUCAGUUUCAGGAAGAAAGAAAACUAGAAGAUGAUAGACUGGCUGCCAAAGAGAGAACACUGAUGGAUGAAGAGAGCUUGGAGGAGGGCCAAAGAUUCUUAGAGAAGGUCCAGGAAAACAUAUUAUUAGAUAAAAUCCAGGUAGAGAGCAUGUUGAAGGAGGUCCAGCAGCAAAAUCUGUUAGGGAAAAAGCAGCUGAAGAAGCUUCUGAAGAGAAUUGAGGAGAAUAAACCAGAAAAGAGCCAGCUAAAGUGGUUAUUAGAGAAUAUCAAAGACAUACUGUUUGAAGACUUACCUGAAAGUUUGGUUGAGAAGGAAAUGGAAGUUCCAGCUAAGAAGGGGAUAGAGGAGGAGAGUCUCACUGAGGAAGGACAAGAGGAGGAGAUUCUGCCCAAGAAAGAGAAAGGGAAAUACCUGAUUAAGAAGAAAAAGAAAGUAAGCCUGAGUGAAGAGGAAUUGGAGGAGAACUUGGCUACGAAGCAUAAGAAAAAGAGUUCAAAGAAGGAAAAGAGACUGACUCCGGAGGAAGAGAAGCUGAGUAAGAAGGAAAAAGAGGGCCUACAUGAAGAAGGGAAGGAGCCCCUCAGCAAGGAGGAAGGGGGGCACCUGAACAUGCGGGAGGAGGAGGAGACUCUGAGUGAGGAGGAGGAGGGGGAGAGCCUGGGUGAGGAGGAGAAGGAGGACGAAGAAAUGGAGAAGAAAGAGGAAAAAGAGGAGGAAAGGGCGACAAGGCAGAAGGAUGAGGAGAGCAUGAGUAAGAAGGAACAGGAGAGCAGACUUACAGAGGCGAUGCUCUCAGAGGAGGAAGGAAUACUGAAAACAGAGAUCUCAAAAGAAGAAGUGAACUUAUCAAAGCUAGUGAUAGAAGGUGAGGCUCUUGCUGAGGAAAGGGAGGGUACAGCUAGAAGGAAAAUGGCUCCUGAGAAAGAGAGAUUGCUUGGUGGAAGGAGAGCUCCCACACUUAUGGAUAAGGCUACAUGGCCAACAAUUAUGAGGAGCCCCUUCAAAAUACAACUCCCAGGAGCCCUGGAAAAAGAAAAGGGAGUGCCCCUGAAACUGUUAGGGGAUCAAUUGGAUUUGGAAGGACAGGAAAGUCAACUUCUUGGAACACAUCACAUGAAAAGUUUAUGGAGAAGACAAGAGGAUAUAUUCUUGGAGAAAGCCAGGGACAUGUUUUUACAAGUCAUGGAAACAGGCUUAGAGACUCAGCCCCGAGAAGACCUCCACAGGCCAAAGCCCCACUUACCUGAUAUCAUUAAACAACAGAAACCUGUAUGUAGGCCCAAAGGUGGCAAGUGGAAGUGGUUCAUGAAGUAUCAGGAUUCCCAGGUGGGCAAAACUGAGGACCAGACCCCAGCCCCAGCCCCGGCCCCAACCCCAGCCCCCACCCCAGUCCCCGCCCCAGCCCUUACCUCUAUGCCAGCUAAAAGGCCAUAGCACUCAGAAGAAAGAUUCUCAGAUGAGGACUGGAUUAGUAAUGCCUUAAUAAGGCUGGAAGCAGGAGAACAACUUUCAAGGGACAGUUUCCAUAGACUGAACCAACUCCUCAGACACUUCUCUUCAAAGGGAUAUUUGAAAUGCCUGCAUCUGUCCAAUCUUAAAGCCAUUGCUAAACACCUCCAGCAGAACACACAGAUAAGUCCUCUAGAUAUAUCACAACCCUAUAAAGAUGUUUUGAGUCCAGUACACUUAAAAGUAAUCCCUCCAAUUGGAAGAAAAGAAAUGGAGAGCUGGAAGAAAGCCCUGCCUAUCCCUACACCAGUGUUACCAUCACCUACCAAGAGGAUUCAAGACCCAAAGGCUAUAAAUUGGCAUCUUUUAGGAGAACCUUACAGGAAUGCACAGGCACAGUGGUUAUCCAGUGUUCUCAAAGAGAUAGAAAUGCAAUAUUUUUAUCCUGCCACAAGAGACAUUUUCACAGGUGCCCAUACUUCCGUGGAAAAACAAACUCUAGCACUGAUGUUUCAGAAGAAUCUCAGGGCUUUUAAGGGUAGAGGCAGGGCCCUCAAGUUGCCCCAACUGGAGAAAAAGGCACAGCCCAACUCUAAAGAAAAGGAAGGGGUGCCUCGAUGGGAGACGUUUGUGGCACUGUACCAUGUUUUGCGGAUGUUGCAGCAGCGAUAUGCAAGAGACACUGCUGCUUGGAUGGAACAGUUCUAUCGCCUCAUGGACGUGUACCAACUUAAGUCCCCCCGAAUCCAGAAGCUGCUGCUAGAGUUACUGCAGAGAAGGAAACUCCAACCUCAAGAGACCAUCUACAAAAAGGCCCUGAAAACCGAGGAGCUGGUACUUGGUGAACGCUUAUUCUAUGGCCUGUUUUGUGGUAGUUCUCAUGCCCCUGCAGGUCCCCUUGAGUUCCAGGGAGUUGUACCCUUGCCUGGGCAGAACAGGGUGUAUACUAUCCAACCUGUGGAUAUUGCCCACUAUGCGUUCCUAGAACUUGCUUGGAAAGGCCUACCACAAGUCAGUCCUUACCGUACCGAGAAGCUGCCCAACAUCCCUACUCCUACUCUCUGA